AUGUCUCUGGCUGGGCAAAUUGCGAUUGUCACUGGAGCGUCGCGAGGAAUCGGUCGCGGGAUCGCAUUGCAGCUUGGUGAAGCCGGUGCUACAGUCUACAUAACUGGGAGAAAACCUGCUCAGAGUGAAUCUGCCGUAAUCGAUAAGCUUCCUAAGCUGGAGCAGGUUGCCAACGAAGUAACGUCUCGAGGUGGAAGAGGAAUAGCAGCCUAUGUUGAUCAUUCUAAUAUGGAGGAAGUGAAGGCUUUUUUUGAAAAAGUAGAACAUGAUCAUAAUGGACAGCUGGACAUACUUGUUAAUAAUGCAUAUUCCGCAGUAACGACGAUUAUGGGUUCGGUAGACAAGCCAUUCUACGAGUGUCCACCAGAGAUGUGGGACGAAGUCAACAAUGUCGGGCUAAGGCAAGUUUCCUUCUUCUCAACAAACCACUAUUUCUGUUCCGUGUAUGCAUCGCGAAUAAUGGCGAAUAACCGUAGUGGCUUGAUUGUUAACAUCAGCUCAGCUGGCGGAUUGAGGUACUUAUUCAACGUCCCCUAUGGAGUUGGAAAACAAGCAUUGGAUAGAAUGUCAGCUGAUAUGGCUUUAGAAUUGAAGUCUGAUUUUACAAUCGGUCACCCUACGAAAAAUCAUUUAUUUAAGCCCAAAAAUGUUUGCGUCGUGUCAAUUUGGCCUGGAGCUGUGAGAACGGAGCUGAUAACAAACUUACUCAAUACAACUCAGGCGGCGGCGAUGUCAGAUGAGCAUGUUUCGGUGUUCAGAGAAGGAGAGACACCUGAAUAUCCAGGAAAAGCAGUAGUAGCUCUAGCGUGUGACGAUAGAAGGAUGGAGAAGACCGGACGAAUUUUGAUCACAGCAGAUAUGGGGAAUGAAUAUGGAUUCCGGGAUAUUGAUGGUCGCGAUCCACCGAAUAUGAGAAGUCUGUCAUUCCUACUUUCUCAUAGUGGAUACAAACAGACUGCUGAGUUGAUACCGUCAUGGGUGAAAGUACCUGGUUGGCUGUUAUGGGGAGCUACAAGCCGAUUGUAA